CUCUCAAAAUUGUGCUUUGAAAGGUGCAAAAUUUUGCUUUGUGAUUACUUAACACAUUCGUGAUUCUGUGCCAGUUUUUUCCUGUCGGACCCAGCUGAUUCGAGAAAAAUGCUCCGAUUUGCCGCUGGUCGUGUCCUCGGUGGACUGCGCAGUGCUGCGGGAUUGCAGCAGAGCAGCACGCAAUCGAUGGUCGGAGCUGCCGGCAUGGUGGUGCGCGCUUCGCAUAGCACCGAAACGGACGAGGAGUUCGACAACCGCUACGAGGCCUACUUCAACCGGCCGGAGAUUGACGCCUGGGAAGCCCGAAAGGCAAUGAACGAUUUGCUUGGAAUGGACUUGGUGCCGGAACCGAAAAUCAUCGUCUCCGCACUGAAGGCGUGCCGUCGGUUGAACGAUUAUGCGCUGGCCAUUCGCUUCCUGGAGGGUGUGAAGGACAAGUGCGGCGACAAAACCAACGAAAUCUAUCCGUAUCUGCUCCAGGAGGUGCGCCCGACACUGACCGAGCUUGGCAUCGAUACACCCGAGGAGCUGGGCUACGAUCAGCCCGAGCUGGCCCUGAAGUCGGUUUACGAUAUGCACUAGAGAGGAGCAAGUGAGGGAAUGAGCGUAAUUUUUCAUCUUUUCCGGUACAAUGCCGCUGGUAGCGCCAAUACCGCCGGUAGCGCCAUCAACCCGUCGGGAUUGGUGGUGCAAUAGUCGUGGUCAUGAAGUUGUCAAUAAAUGAAAGGAAUAACAACCUGUUAUAUAAUAGGA